UUCAGAGAACCCAGUCUAAUAUGGAAAUUGAGGACUACAAUGGCCGCUCUUAUAUGUCUGCUGGAGAUUCAUCUCUGGAAAAGGAUUUCUCAGAAGCUUUAAUUGGACCCACUGUGAGCACACCUAACAGCCGACACUCAUCCCCAAGUCGUUCACUAAGUGCAAAUUCCAUUAAAGUGGAAAUGUAUAGUGAUGAAGAAUCUGGUCGUCUUCUAAAUCAUGAAGACCGCUUGAGCGAGAAGGAAGACGGUGUUAUGCCCGAUGACUCGCUGGUCGAGCCGUUGGGGUAUUGUGAUGGUCCAGGACAAGACCCUCAUUCGCCAGGAGGCAUUCGCCUCCCCAAUGGCAAACUGAAGUGUGACAUAUGCGGCAUGGUCUGCAUUGGUCCUAAUGUACUGAUGGUACACAAGAGGAGUCAUACAGGUAAGUCAAAAAACACAGAUGUACAGAAGCUGGACACUUUCCUUCUACCUUCUAGUUAG